CAGUACAUGAAUGGAAUGCGGCCCAGAAAUUCGAUGGAGGGUGGCGCCUGGUGGGGGGUUGGUGGGGGCCACGGCGGUCCUUCGCUCCUCGCUGUUCAUCAGUGUACGCUUCUGCCGGAGUCGUUGUUACACCUCGCGCAAGUGCGUGACCGCGUUGCCGCCCUUCGCCGCCGCGCGCAACACGCGCGUGUCAAUUCUCUGCUACGUGAUUCUGCACCAACAAAGCAAAACAGUUGGAGGACCGGGCCGAGCCCGAUCUCGACAUGUGAACGUACAGAUUUAACUUUCUGUGUGAUGUUACUUGCGUUCUGGAGAAUAUGGUGGCUGUUGACGAUAGCUCUCUCUUCAACCGUAAUGGGCCGCACCUGUCCCAGCAUGGACAUUCGGAACAAUGUGACGAACUUCAACCUCUUGCGCGGUUGCUCCGUUAUUGACGGGUUUCUGCACAUUGUCCUUAUUGACAAAUCGUCUCAGCAAGACUUUGAAAAUGUGACGUUCCCGGACCUGCGUGAAGUGACAGAGUACGUCCUUUUCUACCAGGUCAAUGGGCUCACUUCCCUCGGAGAAGUGUUCCCGAACUUGGCCGUUAUUCGAGGGGAGAAGCUCUUCCUCGACUACAGUUUCAUCGUAUUUCAAAUGCCCGAUCUUAAAACUCUUAAGUUCAAAUCUUUCAUCAUUCUCAGGGGUUCCGUCGUCAUCGCCAAUAACAAAAAUCUAUGCUACGAUAACACAAUCGACUGGGACAAAGUGGCAGUCUCAGGUGUUCGUGAAUAUCUUUUCCCGAAUGAUACCGAGAAAAAUUGCUCCUGCCCCUCCUGCUCAGAUGGCCUCUGCUGGUCUGAGAAGAACUGCCAACUGGACUUGGCUGAAUCUUCUUGCCACCAAGAAUGUGUUGGAGGAUGCACUGGCAGUGGUCCGUCCAAUUGUGUUUCAUGCCGACACUUAUAUUUCAGAGGGAAAUGUGUCCCUGAAUGUCCAGAUGGCUAUUACAGUUUCAACUCCCGACACUGCAUUUCAAAGGAGGAUUGCAUAAACUCCUCUUCUACAUAUCACAAAAUGAGGAGGAAUGAUGGUGCCCAUUUGGUCUGGUUUAUUUGGGGCAAUUCUUGUGUGACUGAAUGUCCUCCCAAAUUUGAAAAGACCCCAGAUGGCAAAAGUUGCCAACGUUGCUCAGGCAUGUGUAAAAAAGUGUGCUCUAUGGGGAAUGUCGACUCGCUGCAGGCGGCUCAGAAUCUACGAGACUGUACGCACAUUGACGGAAAUCUUGAGAUCCACAUAGGAACGGGUAAACCUGAGGUGGUGGCAAAAGAACUCGAGGAAAACCUCGGCAUGAUCGAGGAGAUCGAGGGCAACCUUAGGAUUAUCCAUUCCUUUCCCCUGGACUCUCUGGGUUUCUUUAAAAACCUCAAAGUCAUACAUGGAUAUAAGGACAAAAAAGGAACAAACAACUUGGUGAAUCACUCGCUGUUCGUACUGGACAACCAGAACCUCAAAGAAAUCUGGAACUGGGACACACGGCCAGCCGGGCGAAAUUUCAAGAUACUGAAUGGUUACCCAUUCUUCCACUACAACCCUAUGCUCUGCUACAAGCACAUCGAAGAACUAACAUCCAUUGCUGGUAUCCAAGAUAUCAAGACAAUAGAAAUUACAAGAGAGAGCAAUGGGGGAAGGUUUGCUUGUAACAAGCUAUCGCUCAACGUCACUGUUCAUCUUGUUUAUGAAAACGCUAUCGCACUUGCAAUUGAGCAGCCUGAAUUCACGAAUAUGGCUAAAUAUUAUCAGAUGAUGAGGUUUGUGGCCUACUACAUGGAAGCUCCCCAUCAGAAUGUAACUGAGCUCAACACUAAUGAGUGCUCCGAGUCUAAAUGGAAGAUGCACGACAUUAGUGGCCUGAACGAACCUUUUGAUGGAGGGCCUCCUAAUGGAUCAAUCUACCACAUCAUAACACGACUGGAACCGUACACACAGUAUGCCUUUUAUGUUAAAACAUAUACGGUUGACUCAACGGGAAUCCAGUCACCAAUACAGUAUGUCAGGACUCUUCCGAGCCAACCAAAGAUGCCUGCAAAGCUUGAAGGCAUUUCGAACUCUUCUUCAGAAAUUUUACUACAUUGGAGUCCUCCAGAAAAACCAAAUGGAAAACUUGUUUCAUAUGUUGUGUCCGGAUUCAUUCAGGAAUACCACCCUGAUUUUCUGUCUACAAGAAACUUUUGCAAAAAGCCUUAUGUACAUAUCCCACCCACUACACCACCGCCCAAAUUUAUGACACACGUGAAAACCAAAGAUGAGUGUGUUUGUAAUGUGAGCACUAUACCCAUAGAAGAUGAGUUUGAACCACCCUUAGUUACAACAGAACUUUGCGAGACGGCAGAUGAGCUUGCUAAGUCACCACCAUUGUAUGAAUAUGACGGAUGCCAUAAGUAUGUUUAUGAGACCCUUGAACAGCCUCCAUUCUUGAAAAUCUAUGAGAACGACAAUAUCGGGAGGUACGAACGUGGGAUUUCGAUGAUCGAAGAGGACGAUGACCUUGUUUUAAAUGAGGACGUCGAAAUGCUUGGAAGAGAUGGUUCUCUUGUCAAGUUCCACCGCAUUUUCCCUGCCGAAGCCAAUGUCGCUCUUAUUGGAGGCCUAAGACAUUUCUCAACUUAUACUAUAGAAGUUAAAGCCUGCCGAGAACGGGUUGAGGGAGAACUCCAACGUUCAGCGAACUGCUCUAUUUCGGCUUUUAUUACACUAAAAACACUUUCCGACUCCAAGGCUGAUGAGAUAGUUGGUGGGUUGAGAGUGCAGGUUGAAAACCGGACUGCUAUUCUUAAUUGGGUACCGCCGAAAUCAAAUGGUAUGACAGUUUCAUACCAGAUUGAGCUUACCAGGACUGACAGGGACGAGAUGAAACCAAUGCCUGAAUGCAUCCCAGUUCAAGACGCCAAAAAUGGUGCUUUUAUGCUUGAAGACCUCGAAUUUGGAGAAUACAAAAUUCGCUUAAGAUCGCAAUCUUUAGCUGGCCCUGGAAAAUUUACUGCUCCAGUUUAUUUCACAAUAUCUGGGCAAUUUGCGAAGGACAUGAUGGCUGUUGCUGUUCUCACGGUGGUCAUUUUGCUAGUGAUCCUGGUUUCAGUCACAUUGGCCGUGUGGUACUACAGGAAAAAUCUCAUGAUAAACCAGCCUGUACUAAUAGCGUCUGUCAAUCCUGAAUACUGUGGCCUGCUUCACUUUGAUGAGGAGUGGGAGCUACCAAGGGAACGAGUUCAUAUAGUCAAAGAACUCAAACGUGGCAACUUUGGAGUUGUUUGUGAAGGCCUCCUUGUUCCAGAAGGGAGAGUCGUCGCCGUUAAAAAAGCAAUCAAUGAAAAUUGCUCUCCUCAUGAAAUCGCCGCAUUUCUUAAUGAAGCCAUGGUGAUGAAACAGUUUGUGGAUGGACCACACAUAGUGAAACUGAUAGGUGUUGUAUCACGUGAUGUGCCUGCACUCGUCGUCAUGGAGAUGAUGGCAAAUGGAGACUUAAAAACCUACCUCCGUGAGUGUAGAAACAAAAACGUUCCAUCUUCUCAGCGCAUGUUACUGAUGGCAGCUCAGAUAGCCGAUGGCAUGGCUUAUCUAGAAGCAGCUAAAUUUGUUCACAGAGACUUAGCCGCCAGAAACUGCAUGGUUUCUGACAAUGGAGUCGUCAAGAUCGGCGACUUUGGCAUGACACGUGACAUAUACGAAACAGAUUACUAUAGGAAGGGGAACAAAGGGCUUCUUCCGAUAAGGUGGAUGGCGCCCGAAUCACUCAACGAUGGUGUCUUCACGAGUAAAUCAGACGCUUGGUCUUAUGGAAUCGUUCUUUGGGAAAUGGCGACCUUGGCAUCACAGCCAUACCAGGGACUUUCAAAUGAACAAGUACUUCAGUUUGUCAUAUCCGGCAACAAGCUCGAACUUCCUCCUGUUUAUCCAAAGCCAUUUAAAUCACUCACAGCUUGGUGCUGGCGCUGGAAACCCAAAUUCAGGCCCAGCUUCAUUGAAAUAUUAAGGGAGCUUGAAGAAUACAUGACUGUUUCUUUUAGGCAGGUUUCUUUUUUCAAUAGCGAAGCAGGCCUUCAAGCCAGCAGGGGUGCACAUUCAAGUGAAACAGUUCCAGAAGAACUAAAUUGCGACACUGUUGCUUCUUGCCCAUCUCCAACAAAUCUCAUGGACUGAAUAUUGUCCUUAUAAAUAGAACCUCUUACAGAUUUUUCCCCAUUACUUUUAAGCUAGUACAUAAUAUAGUUUUUUUUUAAUAUCAGAAAAACACAGAUCGUAUUAUUUACAAUCAACCUGAUAAAUUAUUUAUCUUUUGAUAAUUUUUGUUUUCAGAUGUAAAAGCUGUAAUUUUCAUGUUGUGUGAAUCUUUUGGGUAAAUGUAGACUCUUAAUGUCAUAGCAUUGUGGCAUGUACAAGUUAUACCUCAUUAACCAAGUUCCUAUAUUUCAGUAUAAUUUACAGUUAACGAAUGGGUUUGUGUUUUUAUAUGCAACCUGUAUUUACAAAAAAAAAAAAAAAAAA